GCAGUGUUGAACAUCAGUUGAUUUGUUUUAAUAAGUAGUAGAUAAAUAUUACUUAGAAAAGGAAUUAGUUUCCAUGUUUGGAAUUUCCAUUACAUAUCAUAUACUAGUGAAGAAAAAAGAGUGAAAAUUGAAAUCUACCCCUAUAUUUUGCCCCAAUACUUGAAAACUAAUCAAAAGAAAGUUACAUUAAAGUGUCCAAGAGUAUGGCUUCUAACCAACUUUGUCUGAAUUAUACAACUGACAAUUGUUUGCUACUUUCAUAUCUUUAGUCAAGAUUCAGGAUGUUUCCCCUCCUUAAAGCUAUCAAUACUUUAUUCCUCAGAAAAAUAAAACUAAGAUCCUCAGAAAAAUAAAACUAAGGUAAAGCCUCCAUAGCUAUCAUGAGCUUUCAAGAAUCUCUACUCUGUCAAAUGCGUUCUCCACGAAAAUUUUUCAUUAGUAUUAUAAGUGGUUGUUGAGUCAAUCUUGUGGUGAUGGGAGAAGAGUUGGGAGUUGAAAAGCUUCUGGUUUUGUUUUUGGUUUUAAUCUCAAUGAGAUAUUCAGAGUCAGAGGAAUUACAAUCUUCUCAAGUGCAAACACUUUUGAGAAUUCAACAUCUUUUGAACUAUCCAACAACUUUGAGUAGUUGGAAUAAUAAGACAGAUUUCUGUAAGAUUGAGCCAAGUUUAACUCUUACUGUUGUGUGCUACGACGAAAACAUAACUCAGUUGCAUAUCAUAGGGAGAAAGGGGACUUCCCCAUUACCCAGAAACUUCUCCAUUCGUUCAUUUCUCAACGUACUUUCCAAGCUUCCUAGCUUGAAAGUCCUUAGAUUAGUUUCUCUUGGUUUAUGGGGGCCAUUGCCUGGUAAACUUUCAAGACUCUCAGCUCUCGAGAUACUUGACUUGAGUUCAAAUUACUUUCACAGUGGCAUACCCGAAACAGUUUCAUCCUUAACGCAACUCCAAACUUUUGUGUUAGAUGGAAAUAGGUUGACUGGUAGAAUUCCAGAUGGCCUUGGUUCACUUUCAGCUUUGGCAGUUUUGAGUUUGAAGAGCAAUUCGUUAGAUGGAACUUUGCCAGAUACACUGCGUGAUUUGAAUAAUCUUCGUAUACUUUCACUUUCCAAGAAUAACUUUAGUGGUGAUGUCCCUGAUCUUAGCAGUUUACAAAACCUUCAAGUUUUAGAAUUAGAGGACAACUUUUUUGGACCAAAGUUUCCUCAAAUUGGAAGUAAAAUUGAAAGCAUUGCACUGAGGAAUAACAAAUUCACUGCAAGCAUUCCAGAGAAAGUUCAGACCUAUUAUCAGCUUGAACAUUUUGAUAUUUCUUCCAACAACUUUCUGGGGCCAUUUCCUCCGUCAUUGCUAUCUAUGUCAUCCAUCACUUAUCUGAAUGUUGCAGGAAACAAGUUAACGGGAAUGCUUUUUGAAGAUAAUCCAUGUAACACAGAAUUAGAUUUCGUUGAUCUGUCUGCUAAUCUAUUGACAGGAACAUUACCUAGUUGCCUUCUGUCUAGUUCUCGGAACAAGAUUGUGCAUUUUUCCAAUAACUGCUUAGCAACCGGAGACGAUCAACAUCCAAUUUCAUUUUGCCGGAAUGAGGCUUUGGCUGUUGGUGUCUUACCUCAUCCUCAAAGACAAAAACCUGCUUCUAAAGUGAUUCUUGCCUUGAUCAUAUGUGGUAGCAUCACCGGUGGAGUCAUACUCAUAUGCCUGACCAUCUUGAUUGUCAAAUCUUUUCUUGCAAAGAAGGCAUCUGCCAAAAGUACCCCAACCAGAUUUAUUUCAGAAGAUGCAUCAUCUUCAUAUAUCUCCAAGUUAUUCACAGAUCCAAGAUACAUUACUCAAGCAAUGAAGCUGGGAGCACUUAGUCUUCCAUCUUAUAGAAUCUUCUCUCUUGAAGAACUUGAGGCGGCUACCAACAACUUUGAUACAACAAAUUUUAUGGGCGAAAUUCCUAAUGGCCAGAUGUACAGAGGGAAGAUGACAGAUGGUUCAUAUGUUACGAUUAGAUGUCUGGUAAUGAAAAGAAGCAACACUAGUCAAACUUUUAUGCAUCACAUAGAGUUGAUAUCCAAGCUCAGACAUCAGCAUUUGGUCAGUGCUCUUGGACACUGCUUUCAGUUUUACUUGGAUGAUUCAAGUGUCAGCAGAAUUUUUCUAGUCUUUGAGUAUGUACCUAACGGGACUCUAAGGAGAUGGAUUUCUGAUAAACAUGCUAGACGGAAACUAACUUGGACACAACGUAUAGCAGCUUCUACAGGGGUAGCAAAGGGUCUACAAUUCUUGCAUAAUGGAAUUAUCCCUGGUCUCUUUUCGAAUAAUUUGAAGAUAACAGAUAUUUUGCUGGAUCAGAAUCUUGUUGCCAAAAUUAGCACCUACAAUUUGCCUAUUCUGUCGAAGAAUAUCAGAAAGGAAUACUGUCAAACUUUUCCAGUUGGUUGUAACCGGAGGGAAAAUUAUGAAGAGAAGUUGGAUGUGUAUGACUUCGGAGUUAUACUGUUGGAAAUCAUUACAGGGAGGCAGAUAAAUACGAAAAAUGACAUCUUACUUCUACGAAAUCAGUUGCAAGUAAGCAUAGCGGGCAAUGGAGUGAAUGUGGUUGAUGUAACAAUAAGAAGAAGUUCAUGUUCGGGUGAAUCAUUGAGGACGAUGGUAGAGAUGUGCUGCAGGUGUUUGUAUGAAGAUCCGGUGGACAGGCCAUCGAUGGAGGAUUUGCUAUGGAAUUUGCAGUUUGCAGCUCAAGUUCAGGAUGAUUAUCACAGUACAGAUGCCUCUCCAAUUUCACCUCUACAGCCUUCAGGCCAACUUGUCAUUCAAUAGAGACCAUCUCAAUUACUAGCUGUAACUCAACUAUAUCUGGACUCGAGUGGUCCAUUGAAUUACUAAGUAGCUUGGCAUUUGGAUAAUAGAUAUUUAGUUAAAAGUUUGAAAAAGGAAUAUUUGGAUUUGAAUGUUGUAUGGCAGUCAUAGGUUUAUCCUACAUUUGUACACUCCUGUCCAUUUUACUUGUCAUUGUUUUAUUUUUGCACUCCUUGAGAAAACAUUAACUAAAAGAGUAAUUUGAUUAAAUUAUUCUUAUGUAUUCUUUUAUCUCAAUUUAA